GAUUAUAUUUUGGACUUUUUGGACUUUGACCUUCCUCCGCCGUUUUCGUGGCGUUUUUGUCGGCAAGAAGGCUGGAGGGUGAGAUGGGGACCCCGCGGCAAGCCACGAGGGGCCGAUUCCGGACGAAGGCUUCUUUAUCCGCGUCCCAGGCGCCCGAGUGCCCAGGAGGAAACAUGCUGGACGAAGACGACGUGAAAGUGGCAGCUGAUGCCCUGAAAGAGCUGGAAGCUCUGAUGCCCAGCGCAGACAAGCUGGGCAAGCAGAGGGGCAGCGACCAUCGGGAGAAGAAAAGGAAGAGGAGCCGAAGCCGCAGCAGGGACAGGAAGCGCAGGCACGGAUCUCGCUCCCGGUCUCGUUCCAGGACGUGGGACAGGCACAGGGGAAGAGGCAGAUACCGGUCCAGGAGCAGGAGUGGGAAUCGUCCUGAAGUUGGUGAUGAAGAAGAUGAGGAUCUUGAGAUUGAGCUGGUUGAAGAAGAGCCACCAUUUCUUCGAGGUCACACUAAACAGAGCAUGGAUAUGAGUCCCAUCAAAAUAGUCAAGAAUCCAGACGGUUCCCUGUCCCAGGCUGCCAUGAUGCAAAGUGCUUUGGCUAAAGAGAGGCGAGAACUGAAACAAGCGCAGAGAGAAGCAGAGAUGGAUUCCAUCCCCAUGGGGCUCAACACGCACUGGGUGGAUCCUCUCCCUGAUGUGGAUGGAAGACAAAUAGCUGCAAACAUGCGAGGUAUUGGGAUGAUGCCAAAUGAUAUCCCAGAGUGGAAGAAGCACGCGUUUGGUGGCAACAAAGCUUCGUAUGGUAAGAAGACCCAGCUUUCCAUCAUUGAGCAGAGAGAGAGUCUGCCAAUCUUCAGGCUGAAGGAGCAGCUGAUCCAAGCUGUGCAUGACAACCAGAUUCUGAUUGUUAUUGGAGAGACGGGAUCUGGGAAAACAACCCAGAUUACCCAGUACCUGGCUGAGGCAGGAUAUACGUCCAGAGGAAAGAUUGGAUGUACUCAGCCUCGCAGAGUGGCUGCAAUGUCUGUUGCAAAGAGGGUGUCAGAGGAAUUUGGCUGCUGCUUGGGCCAAGAGGUUGGCUACACCAUCCGCUUUGAAGACUGCACCAGCCCUGAGACUGUCAUCAAAUACAUGACAGAUGGCAUGUUACUGAGGGAGUGCCUGAUAGACCCAGAUCUCAGCCAGUAUGCCAUCAUCAUGCUGGAUGAGGCCCACGAGAGGACCAUCCACACAGAUGUGCUCUUUGGGCUCCUGAAGAAGACGGUGCAGAAACGGCAGGACAUGAAGCUGAUCGUGACAUCGGCCACUCUGGAUGCUGUGAAAUUCUCUCAGUAUUUCUACGAAGCACCAAUCUUCACCAUUCCUGGCAGGACAUACCCAGUAGAAAUUCUGUACACCAAAGAGCCAGAGACAGAUUAUUUGGAUGCCAGUCUGAUUACAGUCAUGCAGAUCCAUUUAACAGAGCCACCAGGUGACAUUUUGGUCUUUCUAACUGGCCAGGAAGAGAUUGACACUGCCUGUGAAAUCCUCUAUGAGAGGAUGAAAUCUCUAGGACCUGAUGUUCCGGAGUUAAUUAUCCUCCCAGUGUAUUCAGCUUUGCCCAGUGAAAUGCAGACCAGGAUCUUUGACCCGGCCCCACCAGGGAGCAGAAAGGUUGUCAUUGCCACCAACAUUGCAGAGACAUCUCUGACUAUUGAUGGAAUCUAUUAUGUGGUGGAUCCUGGCUUUGUGAAGCAGAAAGUUUAUAACUCCAAGACUGGAAUCGACCAGCUGGUGGUGACACCCAUUUCCCAGGCUCAAGCCAAGCAGCGUGCAGGCAGGGCUGGCAGGACGGGCCCAGGAAAAUGCUACAGGUUGUACACAGAACGUGCCUACAGAGAUGAGAUGCUGACCACCAACGUGCCUGAAAUCCAGAGAACCAAUCUGGCCAGCACAGUGCUCUCCCUGAAGGCUAUGGGCAUCAAUGAUUUGCUGUCCUUUGACUUCAUGGAUGCUCCCCCCAUGGAGACUCUGAUUACUGCCAUGGAGCAGCUCUACACCCUGGGAGCUCUGGAUGAUGAGGGGCUGCUCACUCGACUUGGGCGUAGGAUGGCAGAAUUCCCCCUGGAGCCGAUGCUGUGUAAGAUGUUGAUCAUGUCCGUGCACCUGGGAUGCAGCGAGGAGAUGCUGACAAUUGUCUCCAUGCUGUCUGUGCAGAAUGUGUUCUACAGGCCAAAGGAUAAACAAGCACUUGCUGAUCAAAAGAAAGCCAAGUUCCAUCAAACAGAAGGUGACCACCUGACGCUGCUGGCGGUGUACAAUUCCUGGAAGAACAACAAGUUUUCGAACCCCUGGUGCUAUGAGAAUUUCAUCCAGGCCCGGUCCUUACGCCGGGCUCAGGACAUUCGCAAGCAGAUGUUGGGCAUCAUGGACAGGCAUAAGCUGGAUGUGGUGUCCUGUGGGAAGGCCACAGUUCGGGUCCAGAAGGCCAUUUGCAGUGGCUUCUUCAGAAAUGCAGCCAAGAAGGAUCCCCAGGAAGGCUACAGGACGCUCAUUGACCAGCAGGUUGUCUACAUCCACCCCUCCAGUGCUCUCUUCAACAGGCAGCCUGAAUGGGUGGUGUAUCACGAGCUGGUGCUGACCACCAAGGAGUACAUGCGGGAGGUGACGACCAUCGAUCCUCGCUGGCUGGUGGAGUUUGCCCCAGCUUUCUUCAAGGUCUCUGACCCCACCAAGCUGAGCAAGCAGAAGAAGCAGCAGAGGCUGGAGCCCCUCUACAACCGCUACGAGGAGCCCAACGCCUGGAGGAUCUCCCGCGCCUUCCGCCGGCGCUGAGCUCGGCGCCCGCUGCGUCUGCUGCUGCCGUGCCCGCGGCACCGGGGCCGGGCGCUGCUGCCGGCGGCCCGGGGGACACGCGGUGCCCUGCAGCUCGCCCGUGCAGCGCCAGCUCGGGCAGCACGGCAGCUCCAGGGGCGGCCCAGAUGUGCUGCAGCUGCACGGGCCGCCGCGGCCUCUCGCCAGUGGGCCUUGGAGCACUCGAGGGGUUCCCCUUCCAGGAGACAAAAUCUGAGCCUCGGGAGUCUGGGGGCUGAGCUGAGCAGCACAAGAAAACGGUGACUUGACACGGGUUGUUCCCCAGCCUGGCUGGGUUCUGAGUCCCCAGGCAAAUAGAAGCUGGACUAGUUUGUGUUCUUACCCUGCUCAAAGGGAUUUCUUUCUGCUGAACGUUCCUGCUCAGUUCAGUGAGUGCUUUUUGGGAGCAGCCUGCUCUCUAUUUUACCAAGUUGAUGCAUUUUCCCAUGCAAUGUAACUGCUUGUAUUUAAUUUCAGCCAUCUGUGGUGAGAUAUUUAGUAUCUCUGGCUUUGGGAUAAGGUGGGAAAAAUUCUUGAAACCCAGCUAGAAUAUACUUGGACAAUGGCACAGGUCAGGCUGCAAGACUUGCCCUUCAUCCCCAUCUCCUGGGUGCUGAAGGGUUCAUCAACCAGUAAUCCCCUCUGCAGCACGGUUCCCUCUGGGAAUGUAAGUGGUUACAAAUGUUUGGACCUCUUUUACCCUGUGCCAUGUGCUUUAUUUUCACAUCGAAUGUUUGGUGACAUCACAGCUGUUGGGUUUUUGUAAUAGAAUGAGCUCUUGCAGCUCAAAUGUCUGUAAAAAUUAUGUAACAGUUCCUUGUUUUAAAAACUGCCCAGUGCGUGCUAUGUCAUGCCCAAACUAUCUGUAAAAUUUUUUCUGUUGCUAACAGAUGAAAUUGAUUUGACUCCAUAGCUGCAGAAACCUUAUUUUUUUUUUCCAAAGCUGGGGCAUUUGCUGAAAUGAUUGUUGAAAUGAAGAGAAGGAGCUUGACUGGUUGUUUUUACACAGCAAAUUGGAAGAAUGUUUCACAUUGAAAAGGAGCUCUGUUGGAAAUACCUCUCUGUACAAAGGGGGGAGCAGGGAUGUUGUUCAAUGUCCUGAGCUUUCCCUCAUGUUGGAUCACCAUAAAAUAAAAGGGAAUUACAAA